AGUGAAUUAAAAGCAGAAAAAAAGCCCUGACAGCUGUAUUAUUUAAUACUUUGUAUAGAAUUAAUCUACCAGUUAUAAAACAAUUCACACAGUUUAAGGGUCAGUUUGGUUUAUUGUUCUUGAUUUUUUUUUUCUUUUUAAUGUUAUCAGACCCAAACCAAAAGACCAUCAGGAAUAGUAAAGCCAUCAUUUAUAGUUUGCAUAUCAGUUAUUCUCAAUGUCAUGUCAUGAAUAAAAUCAAUGGUUAAUAACUAAAAAUUGCAGCGCUGGAGGACUGAAACUGAGAAAUUAAUUGUUUUUCACAGAUUAUAUUAAAGUAUAGAUAAUACAAACUCAGUGUAGCUGUUUGUUUCUUUAGCUUGUGCUGCAAGCUAGUGGGGUGGGUGGAAAAAUAUUUUUAGACCUCAUCAUCUCAAAGAUCCUUGUUUUCUUAGAAAGUUAUUUACUUUGGUAUUAUUUCUCUGUUGAAGGUGAAUUUCUACAGAGUUUUUACAUGAAAUGUUGAGAAGCUGAAUCAGCUGGAUCUCGAAGGAAGGACGAUUAUUUAUAAACCAGAGGCAGAUCGUUAACGUAUUAUCAACACCCGAGUGAAAAUCUGCUCCUGCUGAGACUCAGCGAAUCAUCAGAUACGGAAAAUGAAUGAAAGCAGCGCCGUUUGUAACGCUUCUAAUGAGGCUGAGAUGGAUGAAGAGGCGAUGCUUUCAGACCAGGAAUCUGUCAGUUUGCUGCAGGAUCUUCCUGCUUUCCAAAGCAGAUCGUCUGCCGUUUCAGGUUCUCAUGAGAUUAAAAACAAACCGGAGCUGAAUCAGCAGAAAAGAGGGAAACUGAAGUCCUGCAGAGGUGAAAAGUCUGCGUCUUCAUCACGAUCAGCAAAAGUUCCAACUGAAAAGAAGCUUCACAAGAGAAACGCGAAGGGAGAGACUCUUCUUCACAAAGCGUGUCGGAGGAAAGAUCUGCCUCAAGUCAGAAUGCUCCUUCAGGCUGGAAUCAGGGUCAACAUGGAGGAUUAUGCAGGAUGGACACCUCUGCAUGAGGCCUGCGUUUCUGGAGACGAGUCUGUGGUGGAGGAGCUGCUGAGGGCUGGAGCUAACGUUAACGCUCUGAGCUGUGAGGGCGUCACACCGCUGCACGACGCUGUUUACGGUGGACACCACCAGGUUGUGAAACUCCUCCUUGAGAACGGCUCAAUCCCUGCCGACCAGAAUGUUGGUGGAAAAAGUUUGUUGGACAUGGCCGAGGACAGGAGUAUGAAAGAGCUACUCUUGAGUUUCCAAACAUCCUAUGAAGACCAAAUGAAGUCUAGCAAAGGGGCAACACGAUGCGGCGAACCAGACCUUCAUCCAAGAGAGUCGGGUGAUACAGGCGGAGAAUCUACUGAUGUUCAGCUGAAACGGAUAAAUAAUUUCAGAGCAGUUCAGAGCAGUUCAGAGGCGGUUUCAGCGCUUCUGGAGGAUGCUAGGAGGAAACAAGCAGAAAUGUCAACCUGGCCUCCAAAAGAUCUCAAGGAUAUUGGGAGAUGCAAAGAAGUUUUGUUGCAGAUCCAAAACGUUCUGAUGGAUGUUCUCGCCAAGCAACGUUUAGAGAAGAACGAUCUGACCCACAAAUUCAGGGUCGUGUCUCACCACCUUUGCCACCGAGUCCUGAAAAGUCAGUUCUUGUCUCUGGCUUCAAAUCAGAGACAUUUGGUGCAACUCCUCCAGAAACAAAUGCAACUGGAAGAAGCUUUCACUACAACAAAGGCUAAAAUUUCAGUUCAGUCCUUGAAUCAUCAAGUCAGCGUUGCUGCUCCCACUCUCCCUGACCUGCAGAGUGAGGAAGCCGGAAGCUGGAGAAAUGGUCCACAAACCAGAGCCGCUUUGCAGUUUUUCUCCAAGAAGAAAGGAAAGAAGGCGUUGAUACAAAGAGGGGCUAACGAUGAUGGUGGAGGUCUGCGUCAGCUCGUACAGAGCGGAGUAUUGCCCAAGGGCAGCGAUUUACAUCUGACAUUAAAGGGUAAGCAGCAUGUUGCACAAGUUCUCUCUGGUGGCGUAAUAAUGAGCAAAGGGAAGUCGUAUCGGACUCCAGAGUUCUGGCUGGAAUCCAUUCUUGGUAAUAACAUCCCUGUCGGCUCCAUGUAUGCUCUGAACAAGAUGACUUUCAGAGACAAACCUUUGUCUUACUACUUGCUGAACUCAGAGGCCAAACAAAAUCUGUCUGAUAUCCGUCUUCAUGCUGACAAAGAUGAUUCUACUGAACCGGAGCCGAGUUUAGAAUCAGUGGACCCAUAUCAGCUCUUACGAAGAAUUCGUAUCAUCCACUUGGUGACCCCUGAGGAGAUGAUUCCAAACGCUGUGAUGGAUUUGUACUGGGACAAGCUCAUGAACCAAGACCAAGUAGAGUUUGACAACUGGGAGCUUGAACUCUAGCUGUGUCUUUAUAUUUAUGACCCUGUAGGGUUCUGUUUUAUUUUACACUAUUUUAUUUUAUGUGUAUUCAGUACAUAGUAGUUUGUUCUUGCUAACUAAAGUCAAUUGCAAUUACUUUGUCAUAUCUAGGGCAAAUAGCUAAAAAUGACAAGUAAUCGGGGC